GGGAAGACAGAAGGGAGAGAAGAGAGAGAGAGAGAGAGAGAGGAGGAGGAAAAAGACCCCAAGUCCAGGACCCCUUCACCUAUAUGGGUUGCGUCCUGAGUUCGGACUGGUGUGGGGAGGAAGAGGUGCAACCGGUGCCGGUGGUCAGAAAAUCGUCUGUGAAGAGAAGGAGCGUGGAGAGGAGUGACAGUGGCAGGAUGAGGCUGACGAAGGCGGGGAAGGGAGAGCCCCAUGUCUUCAAAGAAAAGACCUUCAAGAAGAAGCGGCAGUGCAGCGUGUGUCGCCAGAACGUCGACAACGUAGGCUCCUUCUGCAGAGUAUGCAAGACAGCCACCCACAGGAAGUGCGAGGCCAAGGUGACCUCUGCGUGCAUCCCAGCUCCCUCCAAUGAUCUGCAGCGCAGAGGGACCGCUCCAUCUCGACACAUCCAACACCUGGGGUCCACCAAGUCUCUGACCUACACCAAACAGAGGAACACCCUACCAAGAAGCUUCAGCGUUGACCGCGUGAUGGAGCGAGUGAUGGAGCGCCACUACGACUUCGACCUCACCUACAUCACAGAGAGAAUCAUCUCUGUCUUCUUCCCCCCAAAGCUAGAAGAGCAGCGAUACCGACUUAACCUGAAGGAAGUGGCGGCCAUGCUCAAGUCAAAACAUCAAGACAAAUUUCUGCUGCUGAAUCUCUCAGAAAGGCGCCACGACAUCACCCGACUAAAUCCAAAGGUUCAUGACUUUGGCUGGCCCGACCUCCACGCCCCACCGCUGGAUAAGAUCUGUGCCAUAUGUAAAGCCAUGGAGACGUGGCUGACCUCUGACCCCCACCACGUGGUGGUCCUGCACUGCAAGGGCAACAAAGGUAAAACAGGCGUGAUCAUUGCAGCCUACAUGCACUACAGCAAGAUCUCUGCAGGGGCGGACCAGGCUCUCAGUACUCUCGCCAUGAGGAAGUUCUGUGAAGAUAAGGUGUCCUCUUCCCUCCAGCCAUCCCAAAACAGGUAUAUCUAUUACUUUGGAGGCCUUCUGUCUGGGGCAAUCAAGAUGAACAGCAGCCCGCUUUUCCUCCACCAAGUUCUUAUCCCGUCACUCCCCAACUUCCAGGGUGAAGGAGGUUACUACCCCUUCCUGAAGAUCUACCAGUCCAUGCAGUUGGUCUACACUUCAGGCAUAUAUGACCUUCAAGGCACUGGAGGAAGGCGACUGUGUGUGACCAUCGAACCAGCUCUGCUGCUGAAGGGUGACAUCAUGGUCAAAUGCUAUCACAGGCGAGCCCAGGCCGCUGACAGAGACACAGUGUUCAGGCUGCAGUUCCACACCUGCACCAUCCACGGAUCCCAGCUCUGGUUUGGCAAAGGGGAACUGGACGAAGCUUGUAUUGAUGAGCGUUUUCCAUCUGAUGCUACAGUAGAGUUCGUCUUUUCCUCCGGACCUGAGAAGAUCAAAGGCCGCGAGUACCAGAAGAACGACCCAGCCGUCACGGUGGACUACAACACUGCUGACCCAGUGGUUCGCUGGGAUUCCUAUGAGAACUUCAACCAGCGAUACCAGGACAGCCUUGAGGAUAUUGCCCACACCAAAGGUCCUCUAGAUGGCAGUCUCUACGCUCAAAUAAAGAAACGCAAGGGUCCCAGCUCAGGUUCUCUUACCUCAACCAAUGGCAGCAGCCCAGGCGGAGGCCUUGCAGAAGAUCGGCCUGAUCAUCUCAACUCUCAACGUUCUGACUCCGCCCUCUCAGCCCACUCCAGCCUUUUGAACCAAUCAUCACAGCAUCCUGACCACAAGGAGGAGCCCAUUCGUCCGCCGCCUCCGACCAGACAGGAACGAGAGGAGCUUGAGCGCCUUCUCGGAGGCAUAGAGGGAAACCGGGAUGGAGAGCGGGAGACCGCCAUCUUGGAUGAUGGUGAUUCUUUGCCCUCAGAGCGAACUGGGACGCUGAGGCUGAGUCGGUCAUGUUCCUGCCGGGACGGUUACCGGUCCCAGCGCUGCGCCGAGCCCGGCUGUGACCGCACCCUCCUCAUGCCUAAUGGUUACUGCCUCGAUCGGGCACCCGGCACCAACGGGCACCACGGGGCCACCCCUUCUGCCAGCCCCAACUCAGCUGCUCCACCAUCACACAUGGAUCUGUGCCAGCACUACAACCCCCACCCACACCCCCACCAGUCCCUUCCACCUCCAGAUCUGGUGUGGGAUCGCCAGAGUGGCCCGCCACACCACCUGCACCGCUCCUGCUCAGAGGCCUCGUCAUCUCGCCACCUCUGCCCUUACCCAACACCAGACCUCACCCCCCACCCUCACAACCACCCCCACCACCACCCCCUGUCUACGUCGGGUCGCCUCUGCUGUCGAGAGGACGACUACGGCCCCUACCACCACCCUCCUCCACCUCACAGCCACCACCAUCCCCACCCGCACCACCCCAAACCGUCCACCAGCCCGACAUACCAUGACAUAAUGUUAAUGGAUGGUAUUCCACCUGCUGGCUGUCCUUGCAGGGACUGCAGCAUCAGGAGGGAGGACACAGCAGCCUAUCACACCCUGAGGCUGGACCGAGGCGACAGCUUCCAUUGGGACAGAGAGGCGGAGCUUCAGCAGAGGGAAGUGGGGCUUAGGAGAGCCAGGGAGCCAGAGUUACCAAGAGGAGGGUCAGACCUUCACUGGGAGAGGGAUGCUGGACUGAGGCGAGGCAGAGAGUUGUCCCUCCACUGGGAGCGAGACAGGGAGGCUGAGCUGCAGUGGGAGAGGGACAGAGAGGCUGAGUAUUGGCACAGGAGGGCCACCGUAGCCUCCUACGGCCCACAGGGUCACGAUCUCCCAGCCUUCACCUUCGACCCCUUGCCAUCAGGUCACCCAGCUUACCCAGAGGCAUCGAGGUCCCACGCUCAUUCCCACCUGGACCUAAAGUACAGCAGCAGCAGCAGCGGAUACCAAACUCCCCGCCAGGUGUACCCCUGCUCGCCUUACCAGCCCUCGCCGUCUGAAAGCAGGGGCUAUGCCUCAGGCUACCAGUCUGAGUCCACAUCCCCACUGCCUCCCGCUUCCUCCAUGACAGGGCCCUGCAGUCAUAGCAACGGACAAGCUGAGCACAACCACAACCAUCACCAUCACCACCCUGACUCUCAGCAGUCAUACAGCUCUGACUCACACACUGAUGGCCUUCGUAGCUCUGGUGAAAGUAUGGGCUGGAGGGAUCACAUUACCCAUGGUUCCUUCAAGAGGGUCCACAGAGAGGGUCACGGCCCAUGCUCCACACCAUCUGACAUGUCUGGACCAUCCACUCCUGUCCACACCAGCAGUCCUCUGCGCACACAGGAAAGUCCUAGUCCAGGAGGAAGAGAGUAUGAGAUCCGGACCACGGACAUCAUCAACAAUGACUACGAUGCACCCCAGCCCCAUGAUGGACAUUACCGAGCUGAUAUUAUCGUCCAGGAAAGUCAAAGAAGCACCACAGACCCGUCUUCCCUGCCACAGCCCGCCAAAGAUACACAAGCACACACAACCACACCUAUUCAAACAGAACCCCACAACCACUGCACUGCACCAACCGACCCGUCCCCCUCCACCUCCCUACAGCAGCACUGUGGCUCAGAUACACCCUCACCUUUGUCAACGCAGAACAAUUCUUUUGACUCUGUGACACCAGCCAUAUCAAAGCAGGGACACUGCCAGGCCCCUUCGUCCCCCGUCCAUGCUUCAGCUGCACCAGAUUCGCACCCCCAACCAUGCCCUCUCACUCUGCAGACCCCCCAUCCUUCAGAGGCUGCUGCUCUGCCUUCCACUGUGAUGCAGGCGGCAUCACAGCCUCAGAGCCAGGUUGCCGAAUCUGUAGGACCGACCCCGGUGCAGGUCAAUGGACCUUCUGCAACCAGGCAGUCUAUCCCAGAAUCCCCAAAACCCACACCCAACUCCACAGCCGCCCCUGCAUCCCCUACCCCGGCUUCACCGUCACCCCCUCAGCCUUCAUCCAGCAGCAUGGAGGGCUCCCCCAUCUCUGAUAGCCCUGUUCCUGGGUUUGCCACCUUGGGCAGGAGGUUGAUGUUGGGCGGUUCUGACCAACCCCAUCCGAACCACAUCCAGCAGCACGGACCCCCGCAUCACCACUACCCAGGCAUGGAGGGACACGCCGCUCCUCUGGACACUAACAAGAGGCAGUGCUACUCCGCUCACAACCCACAGCUCCACCCAUCUUCCUUCUCCAACUACUCCACUAUCUCCAUACCCCUUCCUCAUCCACAGCCGCCUCUGCCAGAGAAGCGUCACCCGCCUGCCCAGCCAGGUUCACCCAACAAUGGGGUGGGGACUCUGAGGCCAGCCGGGGGCCAUGUGCCUCCUACCUCCACUGCCAGCACCACUCAGCAUCAGCACCAUGUCACAUUCUCCCCUACAGUGGGUGAAAUUGCACCCCAUGCAGGCCAAAAUGAGGUAGUGUCAUCUGUGGAGGCUGAGAAUGGAAAUAGGGUCAGUGUGAAGUUUGUCCAGGACAGUUCAAAGUUCUGGUACAAGCCUGGAAUCUCCAGAGAGCAAGCAAUCGCAGCUUUGAAGGAGAGAGAUCCAGGAACCUUCCUGAUCAGGGACAGUAACUCUUUCCAGGGGGCUUAUGGCCUGGCACUGAAGGUGGCUACACCUCCUCCCAAUGUCAACAACCACAGCAGCAAAGUGAGUGACCCUCUGGAACAGCUGGUUAGACACUUCCUAAUAGAAACAGGCCCUCGUGGAGUCAAAAUCAAAGGGUGUCAGAAUGAGCCUUACUUUGGGAGUCUGUCUGCAUUAGUCUACCAACACUCCAUCACACCCAUCUCUUUGCCCUGCGCUCUGAAGAUCCCAGAAAAAGAUCUGAUAGGAGAUGUGCAGGAGGUUCAACCGGUGAGCAACAUCAGCACGGCUGCUGACCUGCUAAAACAAGGAGCAGCCUGUAACGUCCUCUACCUGAACUCUGUGGAAACCGAGUCUCUGACCGGCCCCCAGGCCAUCGCCAAGGCAACGGAUGCUACCUUGGGUCGUAACCCGCGCCCCUCUGCCACCGUGGUUCAGUUCAAGGUGACAUCGCAGGGCAUCACACUGACCGACAGCCAGCGCAGGGUUUUCUUCAGGAGACAUUACCCAGUGAACAGUGUAACCUUCAGCAGCGUCGACCCUAAGGACAGGAGGUGGACUAACUCAGACCGCACCACUGUUAAAGUGUUUGGGUUCGUAGCCAAGAAGCCGGGCAGCAUGGCAGAGAACGUUUGCCACCUGUUUGCCGAGCUGGACCCCGAACAACCCGCCUCAGCCAUCGUCAACUUUAUCAACAAGGUCAUGUUGUCACGCCGAUAG